AUGGAGGGAAUGGAAAACCAUGUGGAGAAAUUAUUGUCAGUGGGUAAAUGGGGAGGAAUCUUCUUCUACCAUUUCAUUCUACGUAUUUCUGCAUUCUGCUAUGUGGUAUACGGCAAUGAAGCUAAAUGUGCAAUAGCUGCAGCAAAGUGUGUACCACAACAUUCAAGUUUAAUUAAUAGCAACUCAACUUGCGAAGAGCUCGGACCUCUUGGAAACUGUUUGGUUGGCGGUGGUUGCGAAUCAUCCGAUUUUACCUAUCAGGCUCAAGCUAAAGCUUAUGGACUGACUGGCUGUACUUUUAACGGUGCGGAAGCAGUGUUCAUCAGCUUCUCUUUGGUAGUUGCUAUGGUGUCCUUAGCACAGUUUCUAACCCGAUAAUUGUCUUAAAUUUCUAUAAAAGAAAAUAACAACAAUUCUUUUAUUCAACUCAUAACUCUCUGUCAAUGUCCUAAAUUUAUAAUUAUUCUAUAAUCAAUCUGUUCAAAAGAAAUCGAUCCAUCUGAAUUAAAAUAUUUCGUUUAAG